AUGGAUACCGACAAUAAUUUAUGUUCAGUAUGCCUUAUCAACAAUAGAAGAUAUACCUGUCCAGCAUGUGGUAUCAAAACUUGCUCUAUGGAAUGUGUAAGAAGGCAUAAGCGGCAAACUGAAUGCAGUGGUCAGAUAGAUCAAACCAAGUUUAUUUCAAAAUCAAAUCUUUCACGGGACUCUGUGACGAUAAAUAGGGACUACAACUUCUUGCUAGAUGUCAGUAGAAAAAUACAAUUGGGGAAAAAUGAUGUGAAAGCUAACGCUAAGAAUGUCUUCAAAAGACAACCAAUUGCGAAGUAUAGUCUAUUAAAUAAUAAGAGAUCCAAAGGACCUCUAAGUAAUGAAAAAAAUGAUACAAUGAUUGCAGCAGUCUAUCGAGCUUAUCCUAAUAAUCCUCUAGUAAACUUUAAGAGGCAAAAUACUUUGAUUAUUCAAGUUCCAAGUGGAAUGUCAAGAUCUACAUCAAAUAAAUCUGGCUAUGAUAAAAGGCUGGGCACCUACAUUUGGACUAUCGAAUGGGUGUUAUUGGGCUCUAAUAAAGAAGAAAUUUGUAGAUUCAUAAGCUAUAGGUUGAAAGAGACCUUAUCGUUAAAAGACGCAGUCCCUUUGAACAUUAUAAACAGAACGGAGCCCGAGAGUGCAAUAGAGAAACGGUCGCUUCAUUUCUAUUUGGAAAACGUGGUCAAUACUAGAGACCCGAGGACUUUUAUUUCCUUAAGCAGAGAUUCUAAGAUUAUUGAUGCAUUAAAGAACAAAAUUAUUAUAGAGUAUCCAACAUUUUAUAUUACUUUAAAUGAAGAAUGCUUGAAAGAUGAUACCCUAGGGGAAGAUGAAGCGUAUCAAAUUGAUAAUGCGAUAGCAUCUGAAGAUACAAAGGGCCGCCUAGAUGACACUCAUACUCUAAAAUCUGGAUCCGAAUCCAAAGCAGCUUCAGAUUCAGAUUCAGAUUCAGAUUCAGAAGGAUCAGAGUCCGAAUCCGUUUCAGACAUUGAUACAGAAUCGGUAGUUCAAUCUAAAGCAGAGAUAUCAAAGUUAAGUUCUGAAAUUACCUCUGAUGAUAACACAUCGGACGACGUUCCCGAAGAGUCCUCUUCAAAGGAAACGAGCUAA